CUUACACUCGCCGUUCUAAUUUCAGUUUACAAGAACUGUGCCGAAAUUUAUAAGUUCGGUAUAAGGAUCAAUGGAGUGUACAAAAUCAAUCCUGAUGGUUUGGGCGAAUUUGAAGUGUACUGUGAUCAGAAAACUGCUGGCGGAGGUUGGACAGUGUUCCAGAAGAGGCAAGAUGGCUCUGUGGACUUUAACCGCCCUUGGGAUGACUACAAACGAGGCUUUGGUAAUCUAAACGGCGAGUUUUGGCUGGGACUGGACAAGAUUCAUCGUCUGACUGUAAGCGGCAGUUACAAGCUUCGCGUGGACUUGGAAGAUCUUCAUAGCAGUACAGCAUUUGCACAGUACAGUUCAUUUGCUGUGACAAGUGAAAGGACGAAAUACCAAUUGAGUUUGGGAAGUUACUCAGGUACGUUAUGACACCCCCGGUUUGUGAUUUCAAGCCUAAUAAAUCGAACAUGAAGCUCAAGACGAGUUUUGGUAAAUACGCACCAUGCAAUUGGAAUCUGAGUUUGAGGCCUUCUCACCUUCGUUCUCCUCGCCCCCCCCCCCUUCAGUCUUCUUUACUAGAAAAGCCUCGGUGCCCUACCCAAGCUACACGCUAUAACGCAAUUAAUUCGGCCGAACCUGCUGUGUCAGUAUGAGAAAACAAGCGUUUUAUAACUUCUAUAGCUCGUAAAACUAUUAUCUAGAUCAUAUUGAGCAGAUGAUUACUUUGGUUGGACAGCAAACCGCUUCAUCAAACACCUUGCGAGCAACUCAUAUGAAAAACUAGGACGAUAUAAUUCACGGUGUUGUUGUUGUCUGGUACCGCUGGAGAUUCCCUUGCGUAUCACAGAGGAUAUCCAUUUACCACCAAAGAUCGUGACAAUGACGGCCACGGAAGUAUUAACUGUGCCGUCCUUCGUAAAGGCGCCUGGUGGUACAAUAGUUGCCAUUACUCCAACCUGAAUGGUUUGUAUCUUCACGGCAAGGUCAAUAAUCAAGGAGUGGUGUGGCACCAUUGGAAAAAAAAACGACUACUCUGUGAAGAGAUCUGAGAUGAAGAUACGUCCCAGGGAUUUUUAAGAUUUAAUUAUGUCGUUUCUUUCGGUAAAAAAAACCAUGUAUACGAGGGACGUUAAAUAGCGUGUAAUCAGGGGUAAUUCUGAAAGGGUACUUUGCUUUAAAUCUUAUUGUGAUCGCGCUAAGCUUUUAAAGACUAUCAGAUAGUGUUUGAAAAUCUCAUUUAGUUAACAUUUACGAAGGCUCAGUAAGCUCUACGUCGCACAAGGGUCCAUCUAAGGCGAACCGUGAAAGUGGAUGACGAAACUUUUUCAGUGAAAACCACUGAGUAAAACAAAUAACUACAGGCACUUCUGAUCAUUUCUUUCACUUUAAACUUGCGGAUUGUGAGAAAGGUGUGCAUUGCUUGAUAUCUAUCAGUUCAGAAAUGAAAUUAUCGAACUUACCUGAUUAAUAUACAUGAUAUAAAACAGGUUGUAAGGCUACCGCAGAAAGGGAGUAAUAAAGUUGUUCCUAAGGUGUAGAAUUUUGUGUGUGUCUGUGUGUGUGUGUGUGGCUAAGUUAAAGUAACAUUCCGGCAUUUCUUUGACUGUGUAACAUGAUUUAAAAACUGUAGUUUUAAUAGUACGAGGAGCAUUUGGAGACUCGUAAGCCUCUAGUGUUUCCCGAAAUUGGGUGUUAUAGAGAAAAAUCAUGACCUUUUAAGACACGUGACAUCAAUUUUGUCGAAAAACCAAAGGCCGAGGGAUGACUUGAAUUUUGUACCAACGGUGUGUACAACAAACGCAAACCUUGAAUACACAUUAGCAGGAUAUAUUUAAUCCAAGCAAUAAAGCAGUAGAUAAAACUCGAAAAACAGUUAUUUACAGCGUAAGUUGUACUCCCCCGCGCCCAAAACGUAGGUGGAUUUGUUUCAUAAACUAUGUAGUUAACGGAAAGUUUUCCAUUUAUAAGUGAACCAUCCUAUAUCAGCCAUUUAUGAAAACCCCGGUUGUUCAAGAUGGAUAUUGCUAUCAACCGAAUAAAUACCUAGCCAGUGGAUAAGUAUAGAUCGAGAAACCAAUUGCGCUAGCUAUCCAGUGGAUGGUAAUUUAUCUAAUAAAUCAUGAGCGCUAUCCAGCCUUUUACUGAAUAACUGGCGCGAAAGAAUAUAUAAAAAAAAUAACUCUUGGGUUGUUAAGGUGGUUUCUUUAACCUUCCUUUUCAACUUUCUGGGUGAACUUUGAGAAUACGACUCAAAAAUUCCGAUUUAGUUUUGACCCUAUUUAAGCCACCGAAAACAAUGUUCCAAGUGAAAAGAAGUUGUUCACUUGCAAUUUCCACAGAAAAUUACCCAGCAAUUUUUUAACCACUUUAAUUUCUUCAUAUCAUUUCCUCGGUACUCAUUUAACUGCUUCGAGCAACCAUGAUAACUUAACGCGAACACGUGACAGACUCAUUGAUCUCACGCCCUGUACAGUUAUCCCUCCCCGGUGCUUUACGCCUGUGUUGGUUAUCACGUGGUAACUCGAGCUGAACUGGGAUCUGUUACCUUGGUAACCCCCUCAUAUUUUACACUUGUUUAAUUUUUUUCAAUUCCAUACCAAUGUAGUGGGUUCGUUUUUUUUUUUUGCAGGAGUAACCAUAUUUGAAGGGAACAGGACGAGUGCUAGGGAGGAAGUAGUCUGGCGUGAAAAUCGACACAAAAACGGCUGCGUAUGAGUCGAAGAAAGAAGUUUAAUGUCUGUGUGUUUGUAACGACAACAAUCUCGACCUGAAUGAAUGGCAAUUUACAUGAACCAACAUAAUGUCCGCAAACUCGUCAGACUUUUGACCAACCGCCUUUAAUUGUUUGAUGAUAUGAAGGUCAUUUUGUACUUGAUUCGUGAGCAGAUUCAAUAAGUUUGCUGACCAAUAAACAUUUCCAAGAGCUAUCCAUUUAAGGUUCCUAGAAUUCGUUUAAACCUCUGGUAAAAAUUCAUCCACGUAAAUUAAGGGUGGUCCACGGGUGUAGUCCAUGGACCGGGCCCACGUGGAGGUCCAUGGACUACGUCCACAGAGGUGGUCCAUGGACCGGGGGUCCAUAUUCAAGGUCACCGUCAGCCUCGCUUCCAUUCAUAACUAAAAUAUGGCCUAUUCUCAGUAUAAUAGGAAGGUCUAAAUCGCUGGCAAGUUUCCCGGCCUCCCCUUCUGAAUUUCCUGGAUCCACCCCUGCAGUUUUCUAUGACCGUGUAAAUUCUGAGCUUGUAACAUGGCUUUAGCCUCGCAAACAAUAAAUGAGGGCUUCCUGGUGGACAUUGUUUUGCAGUUAAGCACUUCGUUUUGUUUUCCUCUGGAAAGCUAAUUCUAUAAAACCUUGGAAAGAUCUAAAAACGGAUUAAAAUAACAUAGAAGAUUACUGAGAAGGAGAAUGCUGUAUUAACAGCAUCCCUGAAGGAGACUAAUCCAGGAAGGUCUCAGGCCACAUUAUAAAUGCAGUAGAGACCAGGUUAUCAAUUCGCACAAAAUCAACAAGAUAAUGCGUUACUCUGUAACGCAUGAAAUUGUAAGCAGUUUAAAAUUCAAGAUGAGUAAUGUAUCUGACUUAUAAAUAUUGACAUGGCGCGACUGAUGUGGCAUACCUCUCUGUAUACCAGUUAUCAAUUUACAAUCGCACAAGUUCUCGAUUAAUCGCGAUUAAUAAACUGCAGCGGUUCAUCUGUGAUAAGAAAGAAAACAGUGGUAUUGAAAUUUCUUACAAUGACGAGUGUUUCAUUCAAAACUGCAACGAAUAUAAUAUGUUCCCCUCUGUGUCAUGUUCAAACAUAGAAAUCAGGAAAUUCAUAAAAUAAGGAUUAAAUGUCCACGGGACUGACAUAGUCUAUGGCUCACUGGAAAGAUUUGGAGGUCAGGAAAUGUAAAAGACUGAAAAAUUAACAAAACAAUUACAUUGUGUUUUGAUUCCACUUGACAAUCACAUUAAACACUAACACCUGAUUUGUCGUUACUCACGAUCCUUCCGAUGUGAUUGGCGAAAAAAAGUGAUCAUAAAACACGGUCAUUAAUAAGCUAGCGAGAAAAAACCCGUUUUCAAAAGAGCAUGAGCCGGACUGAAGAGGAAGUUUAAGAAAGUACUAAAAAGUUAUCAACCGUUGAGAAUUUGAUUCUUUCUUGAGUGCUAGACGUGAAACUGAAACGGUCGAACGCAAUGAAUUUUUUCCUCAAAGCUUUACUGUGCGCUAUUUUGGUGAAGGCCAUUGCAGAAUCAGCGGUCCCCACAAAAAGUGGCACUGAUGCUAGAAAACCACAGUGUAACGUAAACAACUACUUUUAUGCCGGCCCGAAUACUAAGAAGAUCGAACAACAACUGGCCGAAAUCAGAGAAGAAAUCAAGGCCCUCAAAGAAAACCGAACUGGUGGUGGCGGUUCUAGCGGCAAAGGUAUUUCUUUGAACAUCCCUCUUUUGACUGUCUUUUAGCGCUCUGAUCCUAGCGAUUCAGUACUUUCUUUUAAGCGCGCUUAUCGUCUGCAAAAGACACAAAAGUGUUUCGGUUCACGGCUUAACAGCAGCCCGGAGGUUUUACGACUUAAACGGCCUACUCGCUGAUGGGCAAGCGAAGUACGUGCCAAUGAGUGCGUACAUUCAUCUUAUAUUGGUCUAUAUUAGCCUCGGUUCAACGAGGGUCGUUUUAAACUUUAGGAUGAGUAAGUAAAGCCCACUAUUUCAUAUCCACUGUGGAAAAGAAGAACCCAAAACCAUCAGCAAGAAAAUAGUAAGCUGUUCAUAAAUUUGCGUAUAAGUAUCCAAUAAGGUUGAAUAUAGGACUGUCAUAUCAUCAUAUCACUAGUACAAGUCUCGUGCGGAAAUUCACACGAAUCUUUCCAGUAGUCGUAAGCGUUACACUGGCCGUUCUAUUUUCAGUUUACAAGAACUGUGCCGAAAUUUACCAGUUCGGUAUAAAGAUCAAUGGAGUGUACAAAAUCAAUCCUGACGGCUUGGGCGAAUUUGAAGUGUACUGUGAUCAGAAAACUGCUGGCGGAGGUUGGACAGUGUUCCAGAAGAGGCAAGAUGGCUCUGUGGAUUUUUACCGCCCUUGGGAUGACUACAAAAGGGGAUUCGGGAAUCUGAACGGCGAGUUUUGGCUGGGACUGGACAAGAUUCAUCGUCUGACUGUAAGCGGCAGUUACAAGCUUCGCGUGGACUUGGAAGACGUGCAAGGAAAAACAGCAUUUGCAGAGUACAGUUCAUUCGCUGUGAGGAGCGAGAGGGUGAAAUAUAAACUAAGUUUGGGAAGCUAUUCAGGUACGUUAUGACACCCCGGUUUGUGAUUUCAAGCUUAAUAAAUCGAACAUGAAGCUCUAGACGAGUUUUGGUAAAUGCGCACCAUACAAUGUAAUCUGAGUUUGAGGCCUUCUCACCUUCGUUCUUCCCCCAAACCCCCCACCUUCAGUCUUGUUUACUAGAAAAGCCUAGGUGCCCUACCCAAGCUGCAUGUUAUAAUGCAAUUAAUUCGGCCGAACCUGCUGUAUCAGUAUGAGAAAACAAGCGUUUUAUAACUUCUAUAGCUCGUAAAACUAUUAUCUAGAUCAUAUUGAACAGAUGAUUACUUUGCUUGGACAGCAAACCGCUUAAUCAAACACCUUGCGAGCAACUCAUAAAAAACUAGGACGAUAUAAUUCACGGUGUUGUUGUUGUUGUCUGAUCGUUUUUUUAAGGUACCGCUGGAGAUGCCCUUGAUGCUCACAGAGGAUAUCCAUUUACCACCAAAGAUCGUGAUAAUGACAGCAACAGUGGUAACUGUGCCGUGCAAUAUAAAGGCGCCUGGUGGUACAAAAAUUGCCACUACUCCAACCUGAAUGGUCUGUACCUUCAUGGAAAGAACAAUUGUCAAGGAAUUGUAUGGUACCAAUGGAAAAAUAACUGCAAUUCUCUGAAGAGAUCUGAGAUGAAGAUACGUCCAAAGGAUUUUUAA